AUGAGGAGGACCUGGGAGCUUGCAUCUGUUGUAACAGUCGUUCAGGAGUACGAUCUGGAGCAACGCAUCGAGCUUGAGCUGCGCAUGCAGGAGGGCACGCAGAAGCUGCUGUCCGCCUGCCGCUAUCAGCUGCAGUCGCUGGAAGCCGUCAAGUCGCUUCUCACUUCCGACGAGAGGAUACGGGCCUGCGCGGGAGAGUUGCAGAGAAGGAAAGCUCUCGCCAACAAGAAGAUGAGUCCCACGACCCAUUUGCUCCCCUGCCUGGGAAAAGUUGCUGUGUCAGAUUUGCGCAUGCCUCUAAUCUGGAAAGACAGCGAUCACUUUAAGAACCGUGGCGAUCGUCGACGUUUUGCAGUCUUCUGUUUGCUGAAAAUCGGAACGGAAGUCCAGGACACGGCCAUGGUCGCCGAUGUGGACAGGAGUAUGACGGACGUGGCCUUUGAAGAUGUCAACGUCUUCAAUACUGUUCCGCAUGACUUUGAGUUUCGUCUGGAAGUGUAUAGUCAUAUUUUGCAAGAAGACUUGAGCAUAGCAAGUGCUUCCAAUAAGUUGAAGAAGAAAAUAUCUUAUUCAGUCAGCAAAGCAAUAGGAAAAAGACUCUCCGAUAAUUUUAAAGAAGAUUCCAAUUUUAAAACAGGAUUUGCUGACUUUGAUUUAGUAGCUAGUGCGAAGUUAAAUCUUAGCGACGCAAAUUCUCGGAUAAAAACGUAUGAUUUAGUAAUGGAGAAUUCAGACAAAAAUAGCAACCAAAUCCCACUGUUUGGGCACUUUUGUUGCCGCCUUGCAGUGCAGCCAACGUGUAUGACAGAAGAAGUAUAUUCAGGUUAUCUCAGUCUAGUCCAACAAAUUGGGAAUAUUACCGGUUCCAGACGUAUGCUGUGUUCACUCAAAAACUUUAAUCUUUCCAUGUGGUCAAAUUUUGCUGAUGUCCAUGGUGCUAAUCCUGAUGUAGUCAUUCCUAUUAAAGCGGGUACCAAAGUCAUUCCUAGUUCAAAAGCCAUUUCAUACCCUCGCUUUAGUUUUCAAAUAGAAUACUCAUCCGAAGAAGGGGAGAAGGAGUUGUUGCUCGCAGCUGACUCGCCCAUUCAACUGAAUGAGUGGAUGAGCUACAUUAACCAACAUAUGGAGGAUUACGAGCUAUGGAAGCCAGCCACUGAAUCUCUCAUGGAAAUCUCAUCCCCAUGUGCUUGCCGCAAUUCACAAUCAUUUAAGCAUAGAAACAGUUCUUUGUACGAUGAAACGCCAUUUUCUGAAGAUGGGGAGUGUUCCAGCCAGUCAUCCCUCCACAAAGAAAGCCAUCGAAUAUCCACCCCUCCCUUUUGUUCCUGGUCGUCUGGAUCUUCCUCAACCAACAGUUCUUUCGAGCAUCCCCUGUCUAAAUCGUCUCUCAAUCGGCGAUCCGUUAGUGCAUAUUUUCCUUCGUUUUUUCACUCGUCGUGAAACAGCUCAUGGACAUUAAGAUUUGCUUUGAAAUACAGUUGUCGUAUCACACUGAUAUCAUUAAAUAAUACUCCAGGCAUGUUUGUUUUUAUCACAUUUAAGUUCAGGGCGCUGCUAAGUAGACGGAUGCAGAAAUUCAGAGCAAAAUUUAUUUUUUAGUGUUCUGAAGGUUCAAUACUGUAUUAUAGUAAUAGUCUAGCACAUUCAGAAUUUCCUUCUGAAGGGUAAGGGGGUUAAAAGAAAUCAACAUUUCUGCUCAUACAAUCCAUAUACGUAUACUAGUUGCGUCACCCGGCAUUGCACGGUCUACUUCGAAAAUAAAAGCUAUGUCAAGUGACGCGUGUUCAACAAUCGGGCUUGAACAAAAAAAAAAAAAAAAAUCAGUAAAAUUUUGCGGCAGAUUGCGGAAAAAUAUCCAAAAAGUAAACAUUUUAAACUCCCGGAUUAUAGGAAAAGCCAUCAAAACAAAAGCCAGAAUUUUAUUUGUUUAUAUUCGAGAAAGAAAAAAAGUUGAGAUGAAGCACUGAAUAAUAAUUUGAGUGGAGGAAAGCCUUCGAAAAAUAGGGAUUUUAUGCCGAAAUCUAAGUGUCAUAAUUAAUAGUUUUUAAUUGAUAUGUCCGCUAAUUACUAUCGGAGGAUUAUGUUAAAUGGCCAAUCAUAAAGACGGGAAGAAUACGAAUCCAUCGAUCCCUGGUUCGAUAUUCAGUUCGCUGUCAUUCGUGAGAAGUAACUUGGACAUACAUACAUAGGUAGAUACGCUCAGUUUUUAAUUAUCUAAGAUUUAUUAACGUUCUUAAAUCGGAUAAUAUUUAAAACCAACGGUUUUGGGUUGCUUUGUCCUCAACCCAUUCCCUCGCUAUGCCUCCGGCCGUAGAUGCUUCUGUAUUUUCUUAUAAUUCAGUGAAACCUAACCUACGGCCAGCGGGCAAUAUGGGACCCAUGACGCUGAUUCAUGUGGUCUAUUCUUAUGUUCAAUGUCACGAACCGAAAACCAUAUUUCCCAAACAUCAGAUCUUCUUCAACCGAUAUUAAGAAUGAUUGUUACAAAUUUGGACAGACGAAAAUGAAAAUAAGCGAGCGGUAAUGAAAACAACAAUUUUUGGUUUGAAAUUUUCGUCCUUUCUCCGUGCUUUCACAUGUUAUCUGGAAAAAUGUCAUUAAUUAAGAAAAUUGUAUUAUUCAUCUUAUGCGGGAAAAAUUAUACUUAAGCGUAUUUACAUUUUACGUGUGUUCCUGUUCAAGAAAUUCAGCUCAAUAUAAGGUGGUCCUCAGGUUAAAAAAGUUGAGCACAGCUGUCAUAAAUAACAGUUUGUAAGAUGAGCUAUUAAAGGGUUUGUGCUACUAAUAAAAGCAUAAAAGAGAAACGAAAUUUGAUGCUGCAAAUAUCUGAAAUCACUGAGUAAAAUCCUAUAGCCCGGUUAGUUAAUUGUCUCAAACUUGACUUUUUUGACCUGAAGAUGACUGCCUCGUUUGAAGAUAUGCCGUAAGGUGACCAACGCGAGAUCUAAUUAUGUGAUGGCAAGAGUCAAAACACUAUAAGUAGUCACCAUAAGUAAUCAUUUCGGUUUAAAUGAUAAUUUGUCUUGGUCAAAGAAUAUCAUAAGACUAGAAAAUCGCCCGUCAAGGUAUGAUGGGUGAAAAUUGCUUUUACAUUUGAACGAAGCAAUUGCCUGUUGAUGAUAUUUUGAUAAUUGAAAUUUUAACCCUAAUUGCAGUGGAUUAACCCUAAACUCCAGUAGAUAGCGUUAAAUGUUGACCACUUUUUCGUUUCUUCAUUCUCCUAAAAUGAGCCUUAUCUGUAAAACAGUUAAGUUACCGGAUACAGUACAGUCUUGUCAAAAAAAAAAAAAAAAAAGCAUUUCCCUGCCAUGUCAAACACUGCCAAAAAAUAUUAUCAAAUUAUCAUGCCGUGGCGCGAGUUUCAUUGUUGAUGACGUCAGGACCUUUGCUCGAUCAUUGGCUAUUAUAUAUAUAUGAAGAUGAUCUAAAUGAGUUUUAGUCCCUUUUGCCUUUCUAAUAGGGAUAUUUCAUAAGAUCGGCAGCAAUCUCUGUAAUUCAGUUUCAAGAUUGCCUUGCUUGUGCCAAUUACAGAUUGUUUUAGUUUAGCAUAUCCCAUACAAUAUUCUGAUCGACACCGAUGAGUCUUAAAUGUAUAUUUAAUAAGCUAAGCUAAGAAAAACCAUCAGUUUAAUAAAUAUUUAAAUAUGAACAAGAGAAGGUGGGUUAAACCCUUCUAGUUUCCUCUGCAUACUAAUACAGAUCCGGGGAGAAAUCACAAGUUUAAUUUUCAGUUAGUGUUCUUUCUUUAUUUCUUUUUUUCCUGAAAGAAACAUAUUUUUUUCGGCGAACAAUUUUGCUCUCAAAUGAUGUAAACAGAUUUCAAGGAAAAAAAAUAGAAAAAAGAAAAAGAGGUGUAGAUAUUGACAAGUAUUUUUUUUUUUUUUUUCUAUUUUUCUGACGAGGACAGACACUGAUAUAUUGGGGAAAACAAGUCUUCAUUUCUCAAACAAAAGAGGAAUGUGGGGCAAAGUUGUUUUGAAAACUACUUUAAAUAAAGAAAGAACAUUGUAUUUCAUAAUAAGCUUGCAUCGAAGCAUUAUUUUUUGCUUUCGGCAGUAAAAUUGUGCCUUCAAAAAAAAAGGUGGAAAUUUUUCACUUUUUUUUUUUCUCCA